CGGUUGCCUGCAGGCGCGGCUCCUGGCUAGAGCCAGCGAGCGGAACCCGCGCCUCGGCCUCUGCGCCGCCUCCCACCAUCGGUGGCGCGACCCCCCGGCCGGCCCGCCGGCCCCGCGUCCCAGCGUAGGUCCAGCAGCCUCAGAGCGGGAGGGCGCAACUUUCCCCCGGUCCCGGGGCGGGGCGGGGACGGCAACGGGACAACUUGGAAAACUUCUCCGGGGGUGACGGCAGGGACGCCGGGUGCUGGUGGAAGAGGAUGUAGGAGGGCGGUGGCUGGCCCCAGGCAUCCCUUGAUCUUCUAGGCACCCGUUCGGCCUGGCCAUGGGGCUCCAGCGCCUUCCGCGCCGCCAGGGGGGUUGAUCCUCCCAUCUAGCCUAACUGGGUAGGACAGUGCUGUCGCCCGCUGAGCACGCGCUGGGCGAGCGGCGACCCCUCUGGACGCGCGUCCCGCCCCGCCAUGGACCACCAGGAGCCCUACUCGGUGCAGGCCACCGCGGCCAUCGCGGCGGUCAUCACGUUCCUCAUACUCUUCACCAUCUUCGGCAACGCGCUGGUCAUCUUGGCUGUGCUGACGAGCCGCUCGCUCCGCGCCCCGCAGAACCUGUUCCUGGUGUCGCUGGCUGCUGCCGACAUCCUGGUGGCCACGCUCAUCAUCCCCUUCUCGCUGGCCAACGAGCUGCUGGGCUACUGGUACUUCCGGCGCACGUGGUGCGAGGUGUACUUGGCGCUGGACGUGCUCUUCUGUACCUCGUCCAUCGUGCACCUGUGCGCCAUCAGCCUGGACCGCUACUGGGCGGUGAGCCGGGCGCUGGAAUACAACUCCAAGCGUACCCCGCGCCGUAUCAAGUGCAUCAUUCUCACCGUGUGGCUCAUCGCAGCCGUCAUCUCCCUGCCACCGCUGAUCUACAAGGGCGAUCAAGGGCCCCAGCCCCGCGGGCGCCCCCAGUGCAAACUUAACCAGGAGGCCUGGUACAUCCUGGCCUCCAGCAUUGGGUCCUUCUUCGCACCCUGCCUCAUCAUGAUCCUCGUCUACCUGCGCAUCUACCUGAUUGCCAAACGCAGCCACCGCAGAGGUCCCAGGGCCAAGGGGGGCCCCGGGGCAGGUGAGUCCAAGCAGCCACGCUCAGUCCCUACGGGGACUUCGACCAAACUGCCUACCCUGGCCUCGCUGGUGGCUUCUGGGGAGGCCAAUGGGCACUCUAAGCCUACUGGGGAGAAGGAAGAGGGGGAUACCCCUGAAGAUCCCGGGACCCCUACCUUGCCACCCACCUGGUCAGCCCGUCCCAACUCGGGCCAGAGUCAGAAGGAAGGUGUGUGCGGGGCAUCUCCAGAGGAGGAAGCGGAAGAGGAGGAGGAAGGCAAGCCUCAGGCCUUACCAGCCUCUCCUGCAUCAGCUUGUAGCCCACCCCUGCAGCAGCCACAGGGUUCCCGGGUGCUGGCAACCCUACGUGGCCAGGUGCUCCUGGGCAGAGGUGUGGGCACCGCGAGUGGGCAGUGGUGGCGGCGGCGGGCACAGCUGACUCGGGAGAAACGGUUCACCUUUGUGCUGGCCGUGGUCAUUGGCGUUUUUGUGCUCUGCUGGUUCCCCUUCUUCUUCAGCUACAGUCUGGGUGCCAUCUGCCCGCAGCGCUGCAAGGUGCCCCAUGGCCUCUUCCAGUUCUUCUUCUGGAUUGGCUACUGUAACAGCUCGCUGAACCCCGUCAUCUACACUAUCUUUAACCAGGACUUUCGCCGUGCCUUCCGAAGGAUCCUUUGCCGCCAAUGGACCCAGACGGCAUGGUGAGCCACCUGCCUGCCACCCGCAUGGGGUUGGUGCCAGGUGGCACCCGGGCCACUCUGAUUCUUGCCCUCAUUGUGGCCACCUCCCUGGGGCUUUCUGGUUCCUGCCUGGGUCUAGCAGGUCUCAUCUUGGCAGCCCCCUGAGAGGGGUAGGGGCAGGGGUGCUCACCGGGGUCCAUUUGAAGCCUCCAAAGCCAGGCCAGGUUAGAGCCCUUCCCUCCCAGUACCCCAGACCCCUGCAAGCCAACGGGAGGGCUUUCCUUCUUCAAGGACUCUGUGUUCCCUGGCUGGUCACUUGCUUGUGGUGUUUGUUUCGCAUCCUCCCCGGGGAGAGAGCAGGAAGCCAGCCUGCCACUUUUCCCAGAGGCACCUGCCGCUGAGGGGGAGGCAGGAUUGAGGGAUCCACGCUGGGUGUCUGUGGUCCCUGUCAGGCGCUGGGUGGGGGGGGGUUAUGGUCUGGCACUGCUUCUGGGCCUUCUCCCCUUUCCAUCUACUUCUGGAUUCAUAGCUCCUUUAAAGGCCAGAACCUUUUCUGGAAUCAUUUUCUUCACCCGUUCCCCCUCUGGGAGGUGGGUGUGUGCGGUGGAUGCCUCGCCUUGGUGGGGCGGUCUGGGGGCCUGGCCUCUGCCUCAACAGGAGAUCCCUGAUCACUAGCAUUCACCUCCUACAAAAACCCGGCGCCGGUGGCUUGCCGCCCACUUGCUGCGGGGAGAUGAAAGGCUUUGCAGAAAGCUUUGAGCGCCAUGGGGGAACACACUAGAGAACCAGAAAAUGUGAUUAUUUGGUGAUAUAAAAAUCCCCUUCCUCUGUGUUUACCACCACCUGUCUUCCUGUAUAGACUUUAAUUCUGUGCCUGGGGUGUGUGAAUUCUUACCCCAAACUGGAAGUGGGGAAUGGUAGAGAGAACCACUAUUUCAGUCAAAGGAUUUUUCGAGAACAUGUUCUCACACCUGCAAGGGUUUAGUUAUUAUGCUGCGUGACAACUUCUUGACGUUUUCACCCACACCACCAAGGGGCUUUUCAGUGACUUGGGCCCCCCAUUUGGGGAAAAGUCUUUUGUCAUCAAGCAGGCUAAUUGUUUUCCCAAGAGGGCUAAAAAUACCCAUGCCAUGGGAGCAGUCUGGGAGGAGAGCCUGGGGUGGGUGACCGAGCCCCCCCCCAGGUGGGGUGCUGGGGACUCCUGCGGAAGCCUCCCACCAGAGCACCCAGGCAGGUCUCCAAGUUCCCAGUGGGUCCCUGUGAUGUAUAAGCGACCCUCCUCCAGAUGGGGUGGGGGCCGGCUGGCCAUCUCUGACCCAGCCACGUUGCUCCAUCCCAUGGAUGGGGCUCCAGGGGCCUCUUCCUCUUGGUUGUUACCCCAUUCCUGGGACCUGGCGCCCAGAACACUGGGGAGCAUUUGAAGGAUGUUUCCCAUUCUCCAAGGAGUGCCUGGCUUGGAUGUGAAACCAGCGGGCAGCUAGCAUGGGGCUGGGGCUGAGCAGCACAGGCCCGGUGGGUACUCUGAUGGGCCUAGCCAGAUCUGGAGAGGCACCGAGAGAGUUUUCUGGGGGAGGAGAGAAUGGAGGGGACCCAAGAGAGUCCUUCCUGGGGAGAGGGGCUGUCUAGGUCCUUCCUCAGUCUCAGGACUCCUUCCUCACCUCAGGGUGAGGCCAUGGCCUGGCUUUGGGGCCGGACUGCGGAGGCUGGGCCCCGGGGGAGUGGCUGACUUGUGACAUCUGCUGGCUGGUCUUGUGUGUGUCCCACGGGACUUGUGCUAUUAUGAUCGCCUGUGCUCCCCCCCUUGUUGUGAUAUGCAGGUGUUUGUUGUCAUUGUUGUUUUUUUAAAGUCUGAGCUAUUUUAUCAAUAAAGGAUAUUUUGUAAUAA